UCCUCCGAUCCCCUCCCACCGAGGAGAGGAGACGGACGCCGCCAUUUAAUUCCUCCGCCUCUCCUCCGCCCACUAGAUUUUACACGACAUUCCUCUCUACUCACAUCCUCUGCUUUCUUCCCUCUCCUGUCUCCUCUGCCGCUUGCGCGGUUGUGCCUGGCCCCGGCGGCGUCUGCUUCCCUUGCUCGCCCCGGCGCCGCUCCUCGCUCUCUCUUUACUCCAACUGCUCCCACUCACUCCCCAACCACCUUGCCGCUCCUUCCACCUCCGUCUCCUCUCCAUCCCCCCACGUGGCCGUGCUGAAGCGGCGGUUUGUGGCCGGGCAGCCCAGCAGCAGCAGCAGCAGCUCUGAGCCAUGGCUCCGUGAAUUCGGUCGCUCGCUCACCGUGAUCAAUCCGGGUCAAUUUGUUGCGGGUUUGGCACGAGCUCGGUGCCGCCGCUCAGACUUGGCCAUGACGAGGCGCUGUGCUGAGGCGGCGCCGAGCCUCCUGCAGGUCCUCCUUGCCUUGCACUGCGGGGUGGUGUUCCUGCAAUGCUCGGCAGCAUCUGCCAUGGGCAGCGACGUGUCGGCGCUCAUGGCAUUCAAGCGCGCCAUCAUUGAGGACCCUCACUCCGUGCUCUCGGACUGGACUGACGCGGACGGCAACGCCUGCGACUGGCGCGGCGUGAUCUGCUCCGCGCCCCAGGGCUCCGUCAUCUCCCUGAAGCUAUCAAACUCAUCUCUCAAGGGAUUCAUCGCACCUGAACUUGGGCAGCUUAGUUUCUUGCAAGAGCUGUAUUUGGAUCAUAACCUGCUCUUUGCCACAAUCCCAAAACAAAUUGGCUCACUUAGGAACCUGAGGGUUCUGGACUUGAGUGUUAAUCGGCUCACUGGCCCUAUCCCUUCCGAGUUAGGUGGUUUGAGCAGUGUGAGCGUAAUAAAUUUCCAUUCCAAUGGGUUGACUGGGAGUAUACCAUCGGAGCUUGGAAAACUACAGAAUCUCGUCGAACUUAGGUUAGAUAGGAAUAGACUGAAGGGAUCAAUUCCAGGAAGCAAUACUCCCAGUUUUUCUCCUGCUUCAAAUAUUGGAUCCACAGCUCACAACGGACUAUGCCCUUCUCCCCGAUUAUAUGUUGGGGAUUUUUCUUACAACUUUCUUGUUGGAAAAAUUCCACCCUGCUUAAAAUAUCUUCCAAGGUCAAGUUUCCAAGGGAACUGCUUCCAGGAUGAGUACUCUGUCCAACAACGAGCUUUGCAAAUGUGUAUAAGUGGUUCUACUGGCCAGCGAGGUGGCACAAAUGGAUUCAAACAUCCUGGGCAUAAUAAGCAUGAAAAAAUCCAGCAACCAAUUUGGCUUCUUGUUUUAGAAAUUGCAACUGGAGUUCUUCUGGUUGUUUUUGUGAUUACUGGUAUCGUUACUGCUUCUAGAAGUUGCAAGCUGAAGCCUUCUAUAAGAAUAUCAUCAUGGAAUCGAUCAAAAAGUUGGAGCGAUGAGAUAACAGUGUUGAUUGAUUCUGAUAUGCUGAAAAGUUUACCAAAAUUAAGUCGCCAGGAACUUGAAGUAGCUUGUGAGGAUUUUAGCAACAUCAUUGGCUCAUCACCAGAGACAGUAGUAUACAAAGGAACCAUGAAGGAUGGACCUGAAGUUUCGGUCAUAUCGUUGUGCGCCUUUGAAGGUCAAUGGACUAGCCACCAUGAACUCUUUUACCAAAACAAGGUCCUUGAUCUGGCAAGAUUGAACCAUGAGAACAUAGCAAAGUUUUUAGGGUACUGCAGGGAGAGUGAUCCAUUCUCUAGGAUGCUAGUCUUCGAGUAUGCACCAAAUGGGACCUUAUUUGAGCAUCUACAUUAUGGAGAAGGAGGCCAGUUAUCUUGGCUCAGGCGAAUGAAGAUAGCCAUUGGGAUUGCCCAGGGGUUAAGAUACUUGCAUACUGAGUUGCAGCCCCCAUUUGCUAUAUCUGAGCUGAAUUCGAAUUCUGUGUAUGUUACAGAAGAUUUUACUCCAAAGCUGGUUGAUUUUGAAUGCUGGAAAAUGAUGUUCUCAAGACAGUUCUCGAGACACGAGAAGGCUACUGGACACUUGAAUAGCAAAUCCCCUUUCCCUGGCCAUGGGGAUUCCGGGGAGGAUAAACAAGCUGAUAUCCAAGCCAAUACAUUUGCUUUUGGAGUGAUUUUACUAGAGAUUAUCAGCGGACGGCUUCCGUAUUGCAAGGAUAAAGGCUAUUUGGUCGACUGGGCGACCAAGUACCUCCAGCAACCAGAGGAGAUCGGGAAGCUGGUGGACCCUGAGCUGAGCAGCGCGAGGAGCGAGGACCUGGCGGUGCUGUGCAGCGUGGUGAGCCGGUGCAUCGACCCAGACCCGUCCAAGAGGCCUUCGAUGCAGAUCAUCACGGGCGUGCUGGAGAACGGCAUUGACCUGUCGGCGGCCGCCAUCCUCAAGGAGUCAUCGCUGGCGUGGGCCGAGCUCGCCCUCGCCUUGUGACACGCCACUCCCUCCCUCCCACCACCGUGUGUAAAUCCAUCGCCACGCACGCUGCUACUAACAUUCUCGGAUGCGGGCGCUGAUGCUGUCUGCUUGGCGUAUAGACAGGACUCUAGAGGGGCAGGCGAGCGAGCGGCGUAACGCAUGGACGGGCGGCGCCUGCUCCGCUGGUUCCGGGCAUGCUUGCUUGAUAGUUGACACUGAUUUCCUUGACUGGUGGUGUAACUGUAACUGAACUGGUGUAAUACGGACAUACGUAGAGUUCAUAGCUGAUGUGUAGGAGGCAUAUUGCUGUGUUGCCGGUCUGAUGGAGGCCUUGGUGACUUGUCUGUCUUGGUUUGCCCCUGUGACGGUGUGAUGAAAACCUGUGUGUCUGUGUGUGUGGUUUUCUCUGAAACAGAAGUGAGAGCAGAAGCAUCCCUUUCGUCGUGUGUGGAGACGGCUGUC